AUGGAGCGCCCUAGCCCACUCCCGCCUACGUCCGUCCCGCGCGGGGACCUCAUGAACCUCAGCGCCGCCAACCACUCGCUCAACGCCACGUUCCCGCCGGACGAGGCGGCGGACGCCAGCGUCUCGCUGCAGGUCUCCCUCGCCCUCACGCUCUCCCUCAUCACCUUCGCCACCACGCUGUCCAACGCCUUCGUCAUCGCCACCAUCUACCAGUCCCGCAAGCUGCACACGCCCGCCAACUUCCUGAUCGCGUCGCUGGCGGUGACGGACCUGCUGGUGUCCAUCCUGGUGAUGCCCAUCAGCGCGCUGUACACCGUGUGCCAGACCUGGACCCUUGGCCAGGUGGUGUGUGACAUCUGGCUGUCCUCGGACAUCACCUGCUGCACCGCCUCCAUCCUGCACCUGUGCGUGAUCGCGCUGGACCGCUACUGGGCCAUCACGGACGCCGUGGAGUACACCAAGCGCCGCACGCCGGCGCGCGCGGCCGGGAUGAUCGCCACCGCCUGGGUCAUCGCCAUCUCCAUCUCCCUGCCGCCCUUCUUCUGGCGCCAGGUGAAGGCGGAGGAGGUGACCACCUGCAACGUCAACACGGACAACGUCUUCUACACCAUCUACUCCACCUUCGGCGCCUUCUACAUCCCCACCUUCCUGCUGCUGGCGCUCUACGGGCGGAUCUACGUGGAGGCGCGCAAACGCAUCCUGAAGCAGUCGCCCAGCAAGCCGGGGAAGCGGCUGACCUCGGCGCACCUCAUCACCGACUCGCCGGGCUCGGUGGCCUCGAGCACGUCGCUCAACUACGGCACCAACGACACCUCGUCCUGCGACACGGUCGCCUCGGCCAAUGUGGGCCAGGUCAAGGUCACCGUGUCGGACGCGCUGCUGGAGAAGAAGAGGAUCUCGGCGGCCCGGGAGAAGAGGGCCACCAAGACCCUGGGGAUCAUCCUCGGGGCGUACAUCGUCUGCUGGCUGCCCUUCUUCAUCUACACCCUGGUGGUGGCGGCGUGCGACGCCUGCUUCUCCCCGGAGCUGUUCGACAGCUUCACCUGGCUGGGCUACCUGAACUCCCUGAUCAACCCCAUCAUCUACACCAUGUCCAACGAGGACUUUAAGAGGGCCUUCCACAAACUCAUACGCUUCAAGUGUUGCCGGGCGUGA